AUGCUGCUGGUCUCAGCGAUGGUGAUGACGAUGGCGGUGAUGAUCCUGCCCAUCCUGGCGCAAGCGCUGCGGCUGAAUCGCCUUCACGCCGACUGCCGUGCUCAGCAAGCUGCGCCCAAGGCCAAACCUGGGAUCCCCGAGGGUGCUACUGAGGAAGGCAUUGCUCAGGAGCAUGAUUCACAAUUUCCCUUUGGCGCCGAUGAGGAGGACAUUCCACCAACGCAGCCUGAAUUCCAGUACCCCACCCCAGAGAAGCCAAACGAAGAAGAAGGGAAGGGUGAGGUAGCAGGUGGGGAGAAAGCAGAAGAGGCAAAAGAGGCAGGUAAGACCCCUGCAAAAGGUAAGGGGGCAAAGGUGACCCCUGAGGCGCGUGAGGAAGAGGUGGUCCCUGAGGAUCUUCCCAUGAUGACCCGCGAGCAACAGCAAAGCUUCAAGGAUGCCAAGUCCAAGGUUGCAAAAAUGGAUGAGGCCAACUUAGUGCCGGAAAAGAGGAAGCGUUGCCAAGCCCCAGCCCUGAAGCGGCCUGCGGCUUCGAAGGCCUCCAGGUCCAAGAAGGACACUGCAGAGAGGAUUGAGGAUGAGCCAGACAUGGCUAUGCCGGUUGAACCUUCUGAGGUCAUCGAAGUUGACGGGGGUGAAGGAAUUCAGCCUCUAAAUCAUCAGGCAAGGUUCGAGGAAGCUGCUGAAGAACCUGGCAGUGGUGCCAAAACCACUCCUUCCAACAGGCGUGGCCGUCAACCAAAAGCCAAAGCAUCUCCCAAAUGCAAGGCUUCUGCCAGACGUGCCAGGGCUGCAAAGACCACUCCAGGUGGAACGGCAUCUCCGAAGUUGAGGCGGCCCAGGUCGACCACGCCACACAAGGCCACCCCACCCAAACGCAAGCCCGGCGCCAAGGCCAAGAGCAAGGUUGAGAAGGAGAACCCCCAGAAACCAGGUGACACCAACGAGCCCAAGGGUGAUGCUGGGGCUGGGGAAGGAGAGGUGAUGGGAAAGAAAACUUUUGCAGGGAGAUACUGCCCAAAGGGUGGGGAUGCGAAGUUGAGGUGGGAUUGCUUGAAGGAGGUCUACGUGGGAUCAAUCCAACCAAAGGUUGCUUACAGUGUGUCGCUCUUGGAGGUCAAGUGGUGGAACUUCGCCUUCCAGAAUCUGAAGCAAGACUCCAUCCAGACCCUGGAGCAGUACAUGGUCCUUGCAAGGGCUCAGGUUCCUAAGUUCCUGAAGCGCGACGAUGUCCGUACUCCGAAGCCCUAUGCCAAGUCGCGGACCACUCUUCCUUGCAAGCAGGGGCAUAGGCUAUCGGUGAUCCUCCUGUUGCAGGCUGCGUUCCAACAGGUGGUGGUGGUGCUGGCCCCACCCUGCUCGACUUGGGUGGCCAUCAAUGUGGACACCACCAUGCCCGUGCACACGCUGAUUGCAGCUGCACCGUGCACCUCGUGGGGGCCAGCUGAGUUGGCUCCAGUGGUGCAAUACCUCAGGGGUGUCAAGCAGCUUCGGUUGCCGGCGGAAGCGCUCGAAGCACAGAUUGCCGAAGCCGAGACUAUCCCUGGUGAUCUAAUGGCAGUGGCUUCUCCUCAGCAGGCAUUCCAGGCCUUGGCAAGGCAGCGGAUUGAAGCGAUCAAGAAGCACUGCCGCUCGCAGCCACACAAGUUGCUGAGGAGGGACACCUACCAAAAGGUCACUCUCUACUAUGUAGAGACGGCAGUGAAGGGAACCUACAAGCAGCGAUCCCGGGUUGAGAUCAAGAAGCGAGCUCGUGUCCAUGAGAGGGGCAUUGGGAAUAUGUCCCUGGAACCUGAGGGCCUUACGGGUGGUGCUUCAGGCACUGCCGAAGCUGGAGCAGGUGGUGCCGAGGAUCUCACCAAAUCUGAUGAUGAGGAGGGCGACCAAGAGGCCAAGCUGAGGAAAAAACUAGGAAUUCCUGAGAUGGACCCGGAUGCUUUGCCCAGUAGUUUGAUCGACAAGAAUGCCAUUGCCAAACGCAUGGGUCAAGUAGCGAAAUCCAAGACCAAGUUUGCGGAGGUGAAAGAUCUCACUGAUGUCCAGAAGCUCAGCGCAGCUCUUCAAGCUUCUGUGACCUCGCUGGAGGAGGUGCAUCAGGAACUCGCCACGGCUUACUCAAAUGGUGUUGUCCAGGGCUUCAAAAAAGAGCUCCUGCGGCAACGCUCCAUCACUUUGCCACGACGGCAAGGGUGGAGGCGGGACCUCUUUCACAACACUAAGCAAGGUGUCUUUAGAUACUUUGCAGCUUCGUGCAUCCUGUUGUUGGCAAAGUUGCACUACUUUGACCUCAGUGGGCAAAGCAAUGCCCGGGACACUUUGUUGAACCGGGCUUACUCACACUUCAGGCUGUUCUGCGAGACAACAAGGCGUAUUCCAGCGUUGAGGAGUUUUUCAUUGUCUUUCUUCAACAGCCCCACCUGGAACUCUUUUGGGUGGAUCAACUGCAAGGGCAGUGACACGGCCCAUGUGCUAGCAUGGAUCCAUACUAUGUUGGUCGGCUUUGUGAAUGCACCUUUGAAAGCUGAACAUUUGCCAGUUCUCAAACAAAUGAUGGCUGCAGCCUCAGCAGCUCGAGAGUUUCAACGAGUUUGCUACAGCCACAACCUGUGGCUCAACAAAGAGUGUGGUGCGUACCUGUACAAACAGAUGCAUUUGUUUGUUCGACACUAUAACGGAUGUGCCUUUUUAUCGCAGCACCAAUGCCAGUACACGGGGUUUGCGCUGACAGCCAAGUUCCACCUUUUGUGUCAUGAAAAGGUGGAGAUCCGCGAUUUGGCCAAGUUUUGCUCGUUUGGCUUCUGCUUGGUUGAGGUUCCACCAAAGAAGGCAAAGGAGGAAGAUGCGGGAGUCAAGCUGAUCAAGGGCAAAGUGACACUUCAAUCACUGGGCCUACCAGAGGGUUGGAGCUCACCAGACGCCUUGGUCACUCAAAAGCAGGUAUCCCGUGUGUGCCCUUGGGUGGACAAGCCUGUCGAGUGCAACAGCUUCUGUCGCUCAGUCAUCAGCAAGCGGAUUGAGCAAGGGCUUAUCCACCCAGUACCUUCCAAUUUGAUGACUGUGGAAGAGCUGCGGGAGUACCCCACCAAACCGUGGGGCCCUCAAACGGCACCAAAGGUGCAUGCAUGGCUGCAACACGAGCUGGUGGAGGAUGAGCGACUUGAUUUGUAUGCUGUGGUGGAAGAGCGCCGCCGAGAGCUUGAAGUAGCACAGAAGCGGUAUGAAGAUGCAGCCGCUGAGUAUGUGCAGCAAGCACAGGCGGAGGCUUGGGCUGCUGAACUGACAGCGCAAUUUGAAGAAUCGAAUGAAGAACCGAAAGAAGAAGAAGAAGAAGAAGAAGAAGAAGAAAAAGAAGAGAAUGUGUCAACGCAAGAUGUUACACUGCCACCGCCGCCUAUGAAGAAUGAGCCAGCAGAACAUGAACAGGCGGCAAGGAGAAAAAAAGUGCCAGCACCAAAGCCUAUGCCAGCGUCGCUGCAACCUAUGAAUGAACAAGAUCAAGAGGUGGCAGAGGAAGAGUCAACAGAAAAGCAUAUGCCAGAGACUAUGCCAGCACCAGCGCCAUGUCCGCCUAUGAACACGCCUGCCAAAGAUGACUCCAAAGAUGCUGCUGCCACAUCAACACAGAAAACAGUGGAAAAAUUGGCGAAAGCAGCUCGGCGUGCUGACGCGCGCAAACAAAUCUCAGAAGCAGGUCUUCCUCAGCCGCCUCCAGUGCCAGAGGAGAAAGACUCCUUCUGGCGGCUGGAGAAGGCUGUCCUCUCAGCAGAGUUCUUGAACUUCAACAUGCGCAAGCGUGCUUUGGAGGUGGGGAGCCCUUGUUUCAUUGCCAUUGUUUGGGCAAUGCUUCAAGAGAGCGAGCUAGAGGAGUCCAGCUCCAUUCACAUUGUGUGCUGCUCAAAGCGGCCACGACUCAUCAAGAAGCGUGAUGACAAGAUCCUUCAAAGGGCUACGGGCAUGGUAGAGAAGGCGCUGCCACCUGGGUCGUUCUGUGAAUAUUUGGCCAUGCUACGGAGAAAGCAUCCUGGUCUAAAGUGCAGUUACAAGCUCUUCACCACAGCUGCAGCCUCAGUGCAUGUGUGGGAGCUUCACUUCGGUGAUGUGUUGAAGAUUCGUGGCAAGAACCAGCACACAAAAUGCUCUGUCUGCAUACGUUUCAAACUCAUGGUGCGCAAGCUGGCCAGAUGCACCGCGGCAAGAGCAGAGCAGCUCAGGCUUCUUGAUGAACACAGGCAAAAGCAGUACUUGGACCGGACUUGUUACUGGCACUCACGCUCUCUUUCUCGAAGCCUCUCAGCUUCCUCUACGCCGGGCACCAUCGUAUGCAUUGUCGACUCGAUGGACGCUGCCAAAUUUGUUUGGCCGCGAGCGCCGUGCCUCGCGGCCAAGGAGUUCGCCCGGAUGAUCCGCCCGAAACUCACGGCUACAGCGAUCAUUUGCCAUGGGCAUGAUACUAUGGUUCACCUUUCCGUGCCAGGUGUUCAUUCUGACAGUUCCCGCUCCAUUGAGCUGAUAGCCAGAAUGUUGGAAAGGCUCAGGGAGCGCAAUGUUGAUGUCCGCGGAUCAGAGCUCCUGAUCCAGGGAGACAAUGGACCGAAGGAGAUCAAGAACAAUGCCCUGAUCAGGUACGUGUCCAUGCUCGUAUGCCACGGAAAGUUGAGACGCGCGGAAAUCCGCACGUUGCAAACAGGGCACACGCACGAGGACAUUGAUUCUCUGUUUGCAAACUUUGCCAAGCUGUUGGAGCAGGAUUGUCAGCACACUCCCUUCGAUUACAUCGACGCUUUGUCCGCUUACCUUGCCCGUGGUGAUGUCAGACCAAACGAACCUCACUUCCAGGUGGCUAUGGUGGACCAAGUUCGUGACUGGAAUCUAGGUACCAACGCCAGCCAGGAUGCUCGCCGUGAAUCCUUUGCCGCGAAUGACAAGGUCACCAGCCACGCCAGCAUUGACAAGUACUUGGCACAUUGCUUGCAGAAGGAGGCUGAUGGAAAGGAGUUCUACAGCUUUGUGGAGCUACAGUUCCCAGCCGAACCUGGAGUGAAGCUCGGAUAUUUGCAAGCCCUCAUGGAGUCCACUGUGCCGCCGGCUGACUUGGCUCGCGUUGGCAUAUUCAACAGCUGCCUGACCAAGUGGGGCAAACAGGGAUUCCUCGACUGCAAAUACCUCACAGAGAGAUAUGAGAAGGGCAUUCGUGAAGUACGCCGUUUCAUGAAUUCUCGUGUCAUGGGCAUCGACGAGGGUAUUGAACUGGCAUCCCUUGUCACUGGUGGCAACGACAGGACGAUGGACUACUGGGAGAUCAGCUUGAACUUUGCUGAUGAGAAUGCUCAUGGCAAUGACAAACGGCGUACAUCACAACAAUGCUUGGCAGCCAUCUCAUCGAGCCAGAAAGUACAGCAGCGUGGUGUGGAAGGGACCCUGAAAGUCCUUGAGGCGUGCGUGCAGGGCAUGAAACUACCUGAAGAGACAACUGUCUACGUGUUCGAUCUUUUGCCAAACCAAUUUGGUGAGUGGUCCAGGGCAGUGUGGCAGCUGCAAAAGGCAGAGCUUAGGAUCAAAGCGCAAUGCUCAUGUUUGAGGGAGCCUUCGAUCACCAUUUACAUCGUCGACUAUGAGGUGUGGCUGGCAAACAGCACAGACUCUGAAGUCACUCUGGCGGCCGGUGACCUCUUCGGCUUUGGCGUUGGUAGUUUCAAGGAAAUUGCAAAAGGUGUAGCUGCAGCGCGUCCAAAGGAUUGUAUUCCUUGGCUGGUGUCAGAGGACAUCAACAUGGUCCAGCUGUGCGGGGAGAACAACACGAAGCGCAUGCAGUGCAUUGCAAAUGUCAUGUGUGAUUUGGCUGCCAACAGUGGGUUGAUGCAAGUCACCAUGACAGACCAUGACAUGGAACAAAUGGUCAAGGAGCUUGAUGCUGCUGUGUCAGUGAUGUUGCAGCAAGUGAUGUUUCAAUCAGUGUAA